GUUCGUUUGAACUGGACUGGCAGUGCCAUAUCAAUAUAACUACUACACAACCUUCAUACCCCUCUCAUACCGUCAACCUAAACUCUGCAGUGUUUCAUCAAUCACGCCAUGCCAGACUUCUUGACACAGUACGUCUGCUCGAAUCCAGAAUGUGAGAAGACGGUCACGCAAGAGAAUGCUCGCUGCUGUUCGGACUGCGGGAGAGGCGGGAGUGGAGAUGAUGACCAAAGCAGCGAGGAUGAUAGGCAAUGCGCCAUAUACUGCGUCACCUGCCAUGAUGCCGAGUGCAGUCUGAAUCCGUGUACCAUUGACGGCCAUGAAUCUUGCUGGAAUUCCCAUCUUCCGCGCAAUCAUGGGUUAGCCAAGCGGCACCGGAUGCUCAACCCCAUUUCCCAGAUCAUCAUCAGCGCCGUGACACACUCCGAGGAGAACCGAGCCCGCCAGCGAGAGCUCUACGAGCAAGACCGCACAGCUCGUUGGUUCAACAUUCGGCAGAACCAUGCCGGCUAUGAACAGCAGCGCUGUUAUUCAGGACAUGGCACCCCCCUUCUCGAGGUAUACGAUCGCUUCAGACAGCUUUGCGACCCCAACUUUUCAGGCAACACGGAGACGGCAAAUCACUUCCCCAGGUUCGUGUCCUUUGUGGGCGAUACCUGUGCCGGCAAAUCGAGCCUCGUGCGCGCCAUGAUUAUGAUGGGUCUGGCAGCAAGGGCCGGGGUCAUUAGGGGAGGGGACAUGGCUCAAGAUGGCAACAUCAGCACCCUUGUUGCCGCUAUGAGGCAGCAAGCCACUCAGUGGCCGGUGACGAGGUCUGCAAGCUUGGACAGCAUCAAGAACCCCACGACGAAGGGUGUGCACCUGUACCGGGACGAGGGGGCUGCAGUGCUCCUGGCAAGGGAUUCUGCAGCCUCGGCGAACGAGCAGCAUCCCAUUCUUUUCGUUGAUUGCGAAGGCCAAAAAGCCGGAGCUGCUCUCACAGAUGCCGAGAUUCUCCAUGCUGAUGAAGUGGAUCAGGGGACAAGGGGGAGACUUGCCGUACCCCCUGAAGGAAACCGGACUAGAUCCACAUCCAUUGGUCCUACCCCUGACUAUCAAUACCGUGUUACCGCUCCCUGCUACGGACGGAAAGGGAAGGACGGAGUCGACUUGUUUUAUGCCCGAUUCCUCUACGCCAUCAGCGAUGUCAUUGUGUUCGUGACGAGAGACGACACCAAGAUCAUGCCCCAGCUCCAAGCCGUGCUGGAAUGGGCUUCCAAAGCUGUGUACAAGUCUAUCAACCAUCCUUCCCGCAAAACCUUGAUCAUUGUCCGUCACAAAUCCGAGCUCCACAAAGCUGAGUUUUACGACGAAGCAAAGCUCGCUCACCAAUAUCUGGAGAACCACCCCAACCUCUGGACAACCUCGCCAACUCUCAAAGCCUUUGUUGAGGACUAUAACAGGAGUGAAACAGACUUCCGGAAGCACAUUGAGGAUAACAGGAGACUCUAUGAAGUACUCUUUCGGAAGAUCAUCUGCUGGUAUGUCCCGAGCAAGGACAAUCCCAAGGUCCGACCACACAGCGUGGUCAAGCAGUGGGCGGGACUCCGCAUCCGGAUUGAGCAAGCGGUUCGGGACGAAGAAUCCAUCGGCGCGGCCGCCAACAUGAAAUAUAACGUCCCUGAGCUGUCUAGGGUAUUGAGCAAAGCAUUUGCACACUUCACCUCCUCUGAGGAUCCGUUUGACUUCUUCUUGGCUGCGCGUCGAGACAACCCCAAUCCAGAGACCAUGGGAAGCCACCUGGGGAACUUUCUCCGUCAUGCCUACGAGCACGGGGAGAAACUGGUCCAUGAGCACCGGGAUUUGGACCGGAUGGUGAUUGACGUUGUAGUCAGUUCGCUGCUGACGUGGACGUAUAGGAGGUUUUAUCAAGGUGUAAGCCCGAGUGAGGCCUUCGAGCGGAGCCUUCAACCCACCUGCGAAGCCGGCAUCAAUGAAUAUCUCGCCAACUACGAAAGCUGCAUCUACAAGUUCCCGGACGGCAGCCCAUGUGUCUCCAGACCCGAACGGGCACAUUUGACGCAUGCAUCAAGAACGGGGAAGGUGAUCCCUGGGAUAUUCCAGCGUCGGUUGAAGUGGCACAACGGCUACAGAGGCGACUGGAUCACGGCCGUGCGGCAGCAGUACGCAGUCACGUACCAGGAGCUAAUCAGGCACCCGCAGAGCGCCUCUCCGGGGUUCCCAAGCCUGGCGGACCGUCUUAGGUCUCGGCGACAGAGCCUUCAUCGGAAGCACUUGGCCAUCUGGGAGUUCAUCAAGAGCUACAAGACAUGUUUUUCGUGUCUUGACGGCAUCCCCGACCAUGUGCUUGCCUGUGGACAUUCCUAUUGUCCUUGCUGUGUCCAGGAGCUGGGCACCCCUGACACGGUGAGGGAAAGCACCUGGCUGUUUACGGAAUGCCCUCUCUGUGGCAAAGCCGGCCCGGGCCUCGCCGCUACUUACAUCCAGCUGAAGCCGAGGUGCGCCGGUGUCAGAGUGUUGACGCUGGACGGGGGCGGCAUUCGUGGAGUCGCUGAGCUGGCUAUGCUCCAGGCUUUGGAAAAGGAGGUUGGGCUCGGAGUGCCAAUCCGGGAGUAUUUUGAUCUCAUCGUUGGGACUAGCACUGGGGGUUUGAUUGCCCUCGCGGUUGCCAUCACGCCACAAAAUAAGACGCUCGAGCAGCUCACAGAGUUCUUCAAGGACACUGCAACUAGCACCUUCAGCCAGUCCAUGAUAAAGAAAUUCUGGUCUCAGCUCGGCAUCAUGCUAUUCAAUAUUACAGACAGUAUCUAUUCCGCGGCGCCUCUCGAGAAGGCCACUAAAGGUUUAUUCGGACGCGGCACGAGCUUGUUUGCUCCCGCGCUUACCCCUGGGCACAGCCAAAUCAGCACCCGCGUUGCCGUCACAUCGUCCAUCGGAUACGCCGACACAAUGACUUUGAUCACAAACUAUAACCAUCCCCAGGGCCACAACGAAACGCGGGAGGAGAAUGACAGCAAAGACAUGCGAGUCUGGGAAGCCGCGCUGGCAACCUCGGCAGCGCCGUAUUACCUACCCCCUUUCAAAAAGACCAGCACGGGCACCAUGUAUGUCGAUGGCGCCGUCUUCGCAAACUGUCCCGCCGCGACGGCCUACGCCGAGACAAAAGCCCUCUGGCCGAACCGCGCGGCCUCGCUCGAUCUCCUCGUCUCCCUGGGCACGGGCCGACAGCAAGCAAAGCAUGCCCAUGGCGGCGGGCUGCAAAAGUUCAUCCCCAACGGCAUCAUCCGCACCUUUGCCAACAUGCUCAUGCAUCAGAGCAACUCGGACGAGUCAUGGCAUAACUUUGCGCGGUCUGUCCCGUCCGCCGUCAAAGCAAAGCUCCACCGCCUAGACCCGCCCCUUGACGUCGCCGGCGACCGCAUCGCGCUGGACGACUAUGCCAAGAUGGACGAUAUCACUGCGGCGGUCAAUGACUGGAUUGAAUCUCCCGAGGGAAGCGCCAUGAUCAAACGCACCGCCUACCGCCUCCUCGCAAGCCUCUUCUUCUUUGAGCCCGACGACUACCCUUCCCCACCCUCGCCUUCGCCUUUGUCCAUGCUGGACCACACCAACAACUUGAACAACAACAACACCCCCAUCAGUCCUAGCAGCACUAGCACCAGCAGCAGCAGUAUCCACCGCCUACCCCCCGGCACGCAGGUCCUGUCGGGCUGGAUCCGGUGCCGUCUGCCGCGCAACAGCAGCGGGCUGCGCAGGCUGCUCACGGAGAAGGCAGAGAGUCUGGUGAGCACUGUCAUCCCCCAAGGCCGGGGAGGACACGGUGGUUCGGACUACAAUGAUGUGCACGAAAAUGUCGUGUGCUACUGGGACCCGAUCAUGGACCCCCGGACCGGAUGCGAAUACAGGCUCGCCGAGUGCGUUGACCAAAGCGAUGACACGGGCGGCCAGUGCCAUGUCAAUGUUGCGUAUACCUUCCGAGACGAGGUGGGCAGUCAGAGCUUGCAUGUUGUGGGCGUGAAGUUUAGGGGUGUUGAGAGGCCCGUGCCGAUUAGUGGGUUUCCGGUGACGAUGGCGGCGUUGGUGGGAAGGGCUGGGUUGAGGUGGUUGCAGUGAGGGAAUCACUUCCCAGUGGGUACCUGUGUUGUAUGUAGUGUUAGCGCCGGCGAGGUGGGAGGAGCAAAGAAGGUGCUUCUGUGGCGCUGAUGAGACGGCGUCCAGUGUAUGUUGUGCGUGAGACCUUUGAGUGCUUCACAUUAGAUCCACCCUGGGAGGGCAUUUUAUUAUUACUCUGAGGGAAGACACGAUGUGCAGGCCAUGGUUGGUUGGAGACCAUAAAGCUGCUUCGAUGAUUCACAAUUUCACAUUCUGUCACCCAACGUCCGAUCAGUGAUAUUGAGGUCUUGAUGUGCGCCAUGCUUCGCG